AUGAGAAAAUUAAGAAAUCUUGAGCUAUUCAAUGCUAAAAGCGUUCAAUCAUUUCAAUUCAUAAGAGAAGAAGAGGUUGCGCAGAUGAUUGAGUCAAUCUCUCAAUCAUCAGCUUAUGAAACUCCUAUUAACCUUGCUCAAAAGAUGAUGGCUCUCACUAUUCAUAUAAUUCGUGAAGUUGCUUUGUGUAAGAGUGCACUUGACAAGCAUAAAUUGCAAGAAUUGGUUCAUGAAGCUUUUAGCAUAAUGGGAAGUUUCUUUGCAUUUGACUUCUUUCCUUAUGUGGGUUACAUCAUAGACAAGGCCACAGGUCUGCAUGGAAGACUCGAAAAGACUUUUCGUGAUUUGGAUCUUCUCUACCAAAAGGUCAUAGAUGACCAUCUACACAUUGAAAGGCAUGUAAAACUAGGAAGUUGA